CCCUCCUCGUUACUGAUCCUCGCAGCGCUGACUCGGAGCUCUCCGUAUGUCUGCCGCGCGGCGUGAUACUCAGACACCGCUCAUGAUCACGGCUACAGUUCUGAGCCAUGGAUUCGGAUUAUCAAACGCAGAUCGGGACGGUCAAGCCGGAGCCGGACGCUCCGAACUCGGCACGUGCCUACAGGAAGACGGGGGUGAAAAAAAUCCCCCGUCAGAGGCGGCGCUUCACGGUAGCGGUUUCACACAGCUGUCUGGAGGUAGAGAACGGACCCUGUAGCCCGGUGGAGAUGCAGGUCUCUCCAGGUUCUGCUCUGGUUCUUCCACACAGUCAGAGGAGAGAAUCGUUCCUGUACCGCUCCGACAGCGACUACGACAUCUCGCCCAAAUCCACCUCCCGCAACUCGUCCAUCGCUGGGGAAAUACACGGUGAAGAUCUGAUCGUCACACCGUUUGCUCAGGUCCUCGCCAGUCUGCGGACGGUCAGGAACAACUUCAGCAUCCUGACCAACGUCCAGGGUUCCUCCAGCAAGAGAUCACCAGUCAGCAUCCAGCCGCCACCCAGCAGAUCCUCUCUCUCAGAUGAGUCGUAUCAGAAGCUCGCCCUGGAGACCAUCGAUGAGCUGGACUGGUGCCUGGACCAGCUGGAGACCAUCCAGACGUACCGCUCGGUCAGCGAUAUGGCCUCCAACAAGUUCAAGAGGAUGCUGAACCGCGAGCUGACACACCUGUCGGAAAUGAGCCGCUCUGGGAACCAGGUCUCCGAGUUCAUCUCCAACACUUUCCUAGACAAACACAACGAGCUGGAGAUCCCGUCCCCUCCGCCCAAGUCUCGGGAGAGGAAGAGGAGGCAGCAGCAGCCGCUCAUGACUCAAAUCAGCGGCACGAGGAAGGUCACGCACGGACCGGGGGUCUCCGGCGGGUGCAGCGUGGCCCGGUUCGGCGUCAAGACCGACCUGGAGGACCUGCUCGCAAAGGACUUGGAGAACGUCAACAAGUGGGGACUGAACAUCUCCCGGAUCGCCGACCACUCCCACCAGCGACCCCUGACCUGCGUCAUGUACGCCAUCUUCCAGGAGCGAGACCUGAUGAAGACGUUCAAGAUCCCCAUGGACACGUUCGUGACCUACAUGAUGACGCUGGAGGACCACUAUCACUCGGACGUGGCGUAUCACAACAGCCUGCACGCCGCCGACGUCGCCCAGUCCACGCACAUCCUGCUGUCCACCCCGGCUCUGGAGGCCGUCUUCACAGACCUGGAGAUCCUGGCAGCCAUCUUCGCAGCCGCCGUCCAUGACGUGGACCAUCCGGGGGUCUCCAACCAGUUCCUGAUUAAUACCAAUUCAGAACUGGCGCUGAUGUACAACGACGAGUCGGUCCUGGAGAACCAUCACCUGGCGGUGGGCUUCAAACUCCUGCAGGGAGAAAACUGCGACAUCUUCCAAAAUCUGACCAAGAAGCAGAGGCAGACGCUCAGGAGGAUGGUCAUCGAGAUGGUCCUGGCGACGGAUAUGUCCAAGCACAUGAGCCUGCUGGCCGAUCUGAAGACCAUGGUGGAGACCAAGAAAGUGACCAGCUCAGGGGUCCUACUGCUGGACAACUACACAGACAGGAUACAGGUGCUGCGCGCCAUGGUGCACUGCGCCGACCUCAGCAACCCCACCAAGCCACUGGAGCUGUACCGCGAGUGGACGGACCGCAUCAUGGACGAGUUCUUCCACCAGGGCGACCGCGAGAGAGAGCGCGGCAUGGAGAUCAGCCCCAUGUGCGACAAACACACCGCCUCCGUAGAGAAGUCUCAGGUGGGAUUCAUCGACUACAUCGUGCACCCGCUGUGGGAGACGUGGGCCGACCUGGUGCACCCGGACGCCCAGGACAUCCUGGACACCCUGGAGGAAAACAGGAACUGGUACCACCGGAUGAUCCCCCGGAGUCCCUCUCCUCCCUUCUACGAGUCCGGCGGAGACAAGUUCCAGUUCGAAAUGACUUUGGAGGGCGAGGAUGGAGAAACGGCCCAUGCGAGACAGUCGCCAGACGAGGAGUGCCGGGAUCAGACGUCGUCGCCCGCCGAGACGUAGCACCAGACGGGGUCUGGAUGGUCGUUUGUUUGUUCUUUCCUGAGAAACGGAAAGACUUGGGAACCGCUCUAAUCGAGGCCGUUUCUCUCUGAGCCUCUGGGAAGGAGCCUGACGAGGCGGACGCUCCCUGUCACGGUUCGCUCCUCGGACAAAUGGAGUUUCGGAUUCUGAAGCCUGAAGUUGGCGCCGAUGUGGGAGGCAGAGCCGGAUCGCCUGCAGGGACUAUUUUUAUUAUUUUUAUUGCCGUGUUUUUUCUAUCGUGUGUUUGUUUAUGAUGGAAACAUCAGGACCCGCGCACACACGCCAAACAUGAAGGAUUUUCUUUUUAUUUACGCCGAAAGCCAAAUCGUGGAACUCUGAGCUUUCCUCGAUGUGUUUAGAUCUGCAGGUCUUCUUAGAUUUCGGAACAGGUCUAUCCACCGGACUGUUUUCUAACCCAAUAACUCGAGACUCGUAUUUCACUGUGAUUUCUCCUUCCUGGUAUAUUAACGUGUUCUUGGUACUUUUGUUUGUUUUGUUUUGUUUGUAAAUAAGACCGAACGAAUCCAGCACUUUAUUCUUCACACUGAAACCACUUUUGUUUGUUUGUUUUUUUAUUUGAUUUGAUUUUAAGAAGCAGUUUUGUUAUCUUACUCGAUGCAGAAGUGAGCGAGUGAUUUAAUCGGAGAUGUUACGCUCAUGCCAGCUUUCGUUGACGUCAGUACCCAGUUUCUGGGCGAGCGCACACAGGAUGUGGUGAACGCUCGACGCGCUUCGCUCACCCCAACAUCGCAUCUCGAACACCUCGUUUGAAGGGGAGCGGUCACGUGUGCUGUUGUUUGAUCGCAGAGAAGAUUUUAUAUUAUUUUAAGAUGAGACGUUGAUUCCAGCGUUCCUGUUGGUCAGUCCAGAUUCCUCUGACCGAACCCUUGCUGUAUAAAGAGCCGAAUGUGGCCGUUCUCCCUUUAGAGAAGUAAAAAAUACAAUAAAGCCAAUAAAGAACAAGGUCUAUUCUGUUAUAUAGUAUUUAUUAUUAUUAUUAUUUUAUUAUUGCAAUGCUUGAGAUUUUCAGGCUGGAACACGUCAUUAUUCAUCACUCACCAUCGAGAACCUGGUACAAUUUCUUUAUUAUUACUUAAACAAAUAAAAAACUAAACUACGUUUCUUUCUAUAAGUUCUGACGUUCUAGAGUUUCCACGUGAGACCUGUAAGGUCGACGCUCGAUCUCGAAUCUGCUAAAAGCAGCCAAGCUCGAGAUACACACAAAUAUGUUUCAUGUUCGUAUAACGUUAAUAAACGUUUGUAAAACCUUUAUUAUUUUUUAUCUUUCGUUGUUGCACUGUUGAUAAACAUGGCUCUGAUUUCCCUGGUGGAAAAACGUCUUUAUGUUUGUCGUACUGUCGUACCGUGGUGUUACUUUCUACAUUUUUUUAUUUGAAUGGAUCGUCUCACCUGCCAAAGAAACGAAUAAAAUCUGAAAACAAAA